AGUGCAAAGAGGUAAAAUAAGCACUUUUAGCAGAAAAUGCGAAGCGGUGGGGAAAAAUCUUCAGCUAACAGCAUUUUAUCAAUCACAUGAUAUUUAACGUUCAAGAUGUCGUCGGACCUGUCGUGUGCAGGUUCUGUUCCCCCUCUGUAUCGAGAAAUUUACGAUAUCAUAUCUCCAAGUCAAGAGCGGGUCGACAGAGAGCUUUUCCUCAGUAUUUUCGCGAAAUCCAAUCUUCCAAACGAAACAAUCACACAGAUUUGGGAUGCUGUUGAUAUAAAAACAGGAUUUUUAUCUCGAAGUGGGAUUUACAAAGCUCUAGCACUGACUGCUUUUGCUCAACAUGGUAAACCAGUUAGUGAUAAAUUAUUGGAAACUUUCUCUGGACAGGAACUACCCAAACCCACACUCGGUGAUUUAGCUGAUUUGAAAGCUUUCUGCAUUCAUUUAAGACGAGACAUGUCUCCAACAAUUCUUAAUUAUACAUACUCUGAGUUGUAUGACCUCGAAAACAUUAAAGUUGAACUGGUGCCUGAAAAGAAAGGUUUAAUAUUAAAACAUGUUGAAUAUGAAAUCACAAGCCAGAAAUUUCAUAGUACAGUUCUACGUCGAUACAAUGAUUUCUUAGUAAUCAACGAAAUGUUAAUGAUGCGGUUUCCUUACCGAAUGAUCCCCAGGUUACCUCCAAAGAAAAUGAUGGGCGCCAAUCGUGAAUUCAUUGAGCAGCGCAGGAAAUCUUUACGUCGCUACCUUAACAUUAUUGGUCGACAUCCUCGUAUGCAUAACGAUAAGUUAUUUGAAUGUUUUCUUACAUUUGUUGGUUCGGAUGUUCAGACAAAACUCCGGGAACAGUUUCGUGGGAUUCCUGAUGAAUUCAUGACCAGUAAUUUGGCUGACAGAGCCAAGGAUCUGGUUCCCAGGGACACCCAAAGUCAGUUAGCAAACAGUAAAGAACACAUAAAAGCUUUAUAUAACAGUGUAACAAAGUUAAAAGAUAUUUCUGAACGACUCGUUAGCCAGUCUACAGCUUACGCUAGUGAUAUGCUCCAGUUUGGGAAAGAAUUAAGGACAAUUGGUACAGACACAACCUGUCUAACAACAUGGACCACAGGUACAAGUUCAUCAUGGCCAAAACUGAAAUGUGUCUUUAAGAAUCUUUCCCUUGAAUUUGCUGCUGUUGCUGACAAAAGUACUCAAGAGGCUGCUGAUGAGGAGGAAAUGGUUGUGGAACAUCUGGCAAUAUUUCUGGAUAUUUUAACAGCAUACAGAGAUUUGUGUGACCGUCAUGAGAAAGGUGUACUGCAUGACCACCAGAGAGCACUUCAAAAGAUGGGACAAUAUAAAAAGAGAAUGAUGUCUGCAACUGUAGGUACCACUGAGAGUCCUGUCGAGCAGUUAGAACAAAAGAUAUUACAACAAGAAAGUCAAAUAGCCAACAUGGAAAACCGUAAUUACUAUUCCCUCCACUGUCUCCAAAUGGAGACCCAGCUGGUCCAUGCCUACCUUGACAUACUAAUUGAGAUUGUCACCUCUUUAGUUGAUGUCCAGAGUGAAGCUCACACUGAGGUUAGUUGCAUUAAUUUUAUUUUUUGUAAAUUGACUCACUAAAGGUUAAUUCAAAUU